UCCAUAUUUUCUCUCUAUCCAAACAGUAAAACAGAGAGAGAAUCCUUCACCCCUCUCUCUGUUUUGUGUCUCUCUCUGUCUAGUAUCGGGGACUGUUUCGGAAAUGGGGAAGGGUUCUGAACGAAAGCGUCAAAAUAAGUCCGAUGAAUCUGUCGAUUCGGAACCCGAAACCCGAGACCAAGGUGUGACUACUUUGUUGGACCCUACCAAAUCGAAAAAAGCCCGAAAAGUUGUAGCCGAUUCCGACCUUUGUCUCGUCGGUCCGCCCAUUGCCGCUGAUAAAGCCCGAGAACGAUGGCCGCAGAGAUAUCAGUCAAAGAAUAAGGUUAAGAAGCAGGCUGUAACUGAGACUUCAAAUGACGAGGGGGAUGAGGUACUACAAGCAAGGAAUCAUCAUACAGAGGCUAUGGUUGAUGGUUGUCUCUACAAAUUGGGAGAUAAUGCAUAUGUUAAGGCAGAGGAUGGCAGUCCUGAUUAUAUUGCCAGAAUUGUUGAAUUCUUUGAAACAAUUUACGGGGAGCCGUACUUCAAAGCUCAAUGGUUUUAUAGAGCUGAAGAUACCGUUAUCAACAAGGAAAAUGCACAUUUGAUCUAUAAGAGACGUGUGUUUCUCUCUGAUAUCCAAGAUGACAAUCCUUUGAACUGCAUUGUUUCCAAAGUAGAAAUUGCUGAAGUUGCACCCGAUAUUGACUUAGCUGCUGAGGAGGGAAAAAUCCCUGAAUCGGGUUUAUAUUGCAAUAUGAAGUACUCGUUACAGCACUUAACAUUCAAAAACAUAUUCACUGAGAUUUCUAAAAAUAAUAGUGGUACAUCUUCAGUAGUUUCCAGUGAAAGUGAUUCAAAUGAAUGUGGUUCAAACAAUACUAUCUCAGAAGCUCAGAAGUUUGAUAAGUCGCAGAAAUAUUUGCUGGAUCUUUAUUCUGGUUGUGGGGCUAUGUCCACUGGCCUUUGCAUGGGGGCCUCCAUAGCUGGCAUAAAGCUUGUCACAAGGUGGGCUGUUGACAUAAAUUCUUUUGCUUGUAAAAGUUUGCAGUGGAACCAUCCUGAAACUAAGGUGAGAAAUGAGGCAGCAGAGGAUUUUUUGUGUUUGCUGAAAGAGUGGGAAAAGUUAUGCCAACAGUUCUCCUUGCUUGAUCCAAACAAAUCAUUGGAAGAUUCUAGUGAAGUUGUUGAGGAAGUGGAUGAUGAUGACCAAGCAUGUGAAGAAGAAGAAAAGGAGGGACAAGAUGAUAGUGGCUCUGAGGAUUCUGAAGAUUUUGAGGUUGAGAGAUUGUUGGACAUUUGUUUUGGCGAUCCUAAUAAAAUGAGAAAGCGAGGAAUAUAUUUCAAGGUACGUUGGAAGGGUUAUGAUAAAAGUUAUGAUACUUGGGAGCCUGUUGAGGGCUUGAGUAAUUGUCAAGAUAGGCUGGAAGAAUUUGUGAGAAAAGGUCACAAAUCAAACAUACUGCCUUUGCCUGGAAGUGUUUAUUUUAUAUGUGGAGGGCCUCCAUGUCAAGGCGUUAGUGGGUUUAAUCGUUUUAGAAACUCAAAUGCACCAUUGGAAGAUGAAAAAAAUAAGCAGUUAAUUGUAUAUAUGGAUACUAUAGAGCAUUUGAAACCGAGAUAUGUACUAAUGGAAAAUGUCGUGGACAUAUUAAAGUUCGCUAAGGGCUUUUUGGGACGGUAUGCUGUUGGCCGUUUAGUUUCCAUGAAUUAUCAGGCUAGAAUGGGGAUGAUGGCUGCUGGAAAUUAUGGUGUUCCACAAUUUAGAAUGAGGGUUUUUCUGUGGGGUUCACAUCCUUCAGAGAAAUUGCCUCCAUAUCCAUUGCCAACUCAUGAGGUUUUUUCUAGAGGAGCUGUUCCAAAUGAGUUUGAGGAAAUACACGUUGCAUAUGACAAAAAGGAUACUUUUCAGUUGAAAGCCGCUCUCACUCUUGGUGAUGCAAUUUCUGAUCUUCCACAAGUUUAUAAUGAUGAGAGUCAAGACCAGAGGAACUAUGAGACAAAAGCUCGAACAGAAUUUCAAAAAUUUAUUAGAUUGCCGAGGAAAGGUGUAACAUAUUUAACGGUUGAUUCUCGACAUGUACCAUCUUCUGGAAUGCUUUAUGAUCAUCAACCUUUGCAAUUGAAUGCUGAUGACUUGGAACGUGUUUGCCAGAUUCCAAAGAAGAAAGGUGCAAAUUUCAGGGACUUACCUGGUGUAUUAGUUGGUGAAAACAAGAAGGUGGAGUGGGACACAACAAUGGACAGAGUGUUGCUCAAAUCUGGAAAACCAUUGGUGCCAGAUUAUGCCAUGAAAUUUGUCAAAGGGAGAUCAACCAAGCCAUUCGGUCGUUUGUGGAUGGACGAAAUUGUCAACACAGUGGUAACAAGAGCUGAACCUCACAAACAGACGGUCAUCCAUCCUUCCCAAGAUAGGGUGCUUACAAUCCGUGAGAAUGCAAGAUUACAAGGAUUCCCGGACUGCUACAAACUUUUUGGGACUAUUAAAGAGAGGUACAUACAGGUCGGAAACGCUGUUGCUUUUCCGGUAGCAACCGCAUUGGGAUACGCUUUAGGUUUGGCUUGCCAGAACUUAUGCGACGACGAGCCACUGAUGACUCUUCCUUUCAAGUUCCCGGAUUGCCUUGCACGGUCUUCACACAUGCAAGGAGACGAUGACGGUUCUGAAUGAAGUACAAACUUACAAACCAAGUAACAGUUUUGUUAAUGCAAAUGUAGCAGCUUCUUUCAGGGUGUUUUUACCCU